AUGUCGUUGUCUUCACCCAACAUGCCAAAAGAAAAAACAAUCGACCAUCCAGCUACAGCUGUGGUACCACCCAAAAAGCGCCGAAAGCCUUCAGCUGAUGUUGUCGUCGAUGAUAGCCCAAUGAUAACGGCAAACAAAGACGCCUGUACUUUGGAAGAGGAUGAGCUUGAAGAAGAUGAUGAGGAGGAUGAUAUUGAAAAAGAGCAACAACAACAGCAACGACGUGCCAAGCGCCAUCAAAAAGAAAAACAAGGCCAUGAAAAACAUCAUACAGCUAUCCAAAGCACACCUCCAUUUCAACCUGCCAUGAUGGCCUUACCGCCACCACUACUUUCAUAUCCGCAUCAUCAUCAGCUAGCGUAUUACCAUCCAUUGUAUCCUGCUGGUCCCUUUUAUCUUCCAGUGGGCUCUUCACCACCACUCACACCUCAUCAACCAUCUCCAUCACUACGACCUCGAAGCAAUGCUGGUGCACGUAUUUUGCCAAAGGUAUCGCCUUCAGAUGGCAAUGCUGCUGGUGCUGCUACUAUGACAACAACAUCUUCGGUAUCAGCCUCAGCGACAAAUGCACCCUGUUUUGCAUCGCCACCACUACAUCCCAAUAGCCCAAGCGAGUACCUCUACCAUCAUCAUCCAUUUAGUAUUCCUAUUGCACCAGCUUCUGGAGAUCCUAUUACAGCUUCUGCUGCUGCUGCAGGAAACGUACGACGUGAUAGUAGCAGCACAACAUUGACUACUGCCGAUCAACGUGAACAAGCUCGUAAGAUGUCUCAUAGUGCCAUUGAACGACGUCGACGUGAACGUAUCAAUGACAAGAUUGUGCAGCUGCGACAACUAAUCCCAUCUUGUGCCAACCAAGAGCAUUUGCAUAAGAUGACGGUAUUACAAAGUGCCAUUGAUUACAUCGCCUAUCUCAAAGAGGUGGUGGCAAGACUUGAUGGAGAAGAAAGCUUGAACGUCAACCUCAAGAAUAACAAGGCUCCUAAAUCAAUGAUGCCGCGUGAAGUGGAAGCAUUCACUACCCAGUUUUCAGUCACCAAAAACGAUGCACGCUUACAACAUCAACGCCGUCGUAGCAGCACAAGCAGUAGUAGUGAUGCUAAUAAGCAACCGGUAUCCAAUGGCAACGAGACAUCUGAACAACAUCCACCCUCGUCUUUCGAUGCUCGUAAGGGUAUCAAGCCAAUCGAUGUGAUCCGUGCACGUGUCCCAUGCCAUCAACACCAUUCAUCUACUGGUAGCCAUGGAGACAAUGGUCUCUUGGCAACACCAGUACCUUCGCCUUCCUCUGUUCACAGCCAUGAGUGGUCUUCAGCAACAUCAUCAUCGAAUGUGUUACCACCACCUUGGUCAUCUUCAACCCCCAAUACGGAUCAUGUAACAAGUGGAUCAUCAUCAUCAUCACAGCAUCCACGACCUAAAGACACCCACCAUGAUAGCAGCCCUGAAACCAUCUCAUCAUCAUGGACCGAAGAUGGUACGAGUUGCUCAUCCCCUUCUCUACCAACGCCAUCGCUCACCCCUCAGUCAGGAACACCAUCCAUGCCAACGCAACAAAAACAUAUGAGUGUUGAGAAUCUGCUUUGUUAA